GUGAUGGAUACAGGCUCCUAUGAACACCGUAGAAGAAGAACUCACAGAACAGAGAGCAGCUUCAGCAGGAGCCGGUGGCCGUGAUCUCUUCUCCCUGAUUUCCACCUAAAUUAUCAAAACGUCUUACGCAAUGAGGUAAUAAUAUCAAUGUGAACGAUUUAUACUACAUUUUAUUAUUUAGUUUAAUUCUGAUUGAAGUUUGGUCUUUAUAUGUCAGGUUUUGUGGUAGGUAUGUAGCUGGGGGUGCUCGGUGGUUGUUAGCAUGAAGCUAACCGUGUGUGUUAUGAGGAUGUAAAUCUGUUAAUGUCAAUGUGUCUGUAUUAAAAUCUGUUUUAGUUAAUACACUAAAAUCGUAUAAAUGCGUUACUUUAACCAUGUAAAUAUGCUCUAAAGAUGGUGGGUAAGUUAGCCAGCUAGCCCAACAGAUGAAUGAAUGCAGUGUGUGUGUGUGUGUGUGUGUGUGUGUGUGUGUGUGUGUGUGUGUGUGUGUGUGUGUGUGUCCUGACCUGUUUCCUGUGUUUGUCUCCAGAGGGGACCGCGGCAGGGGUCGGGGAGGCCGCUUCGGGUCCCGAGGAGGACUGGUUCAGGGGUAAGUGGAUCCACCUGUUUACCUGUGUUCAUCUCACCUGUGUGACAUCAUUCUGAGGGUCAUACAGUGAAGAAAAACUACAGAGGAGACCUGAUCGAUCUCUGAUCUGUGAUCAAUAAUAUGUGGCAGGAGCAGAUUUCAUUGUAACUACUUGAGCCUAUAGAGGACAAAAUAAGCAACAUCUGCUUUGUUUACAGGAGGAGCUGAAAUGAUCACACACUGAAAGUUCCCUACUAGAGCUUUAAUUUAUCCUCUCCACACUGUUUCACUUCUGGUGGAAACAAUGUAAUAAAAUUAAAUGUGUCAACUAAACUGAUUUUGUUUGUAUUAAAUGCUACGCUCCAUAUAAACACCAAUAAUUUUCAAUCUUUACUUUUUGUUUUCAAGAACAGUCCAAUGAUCUUCUUUUAUCCCUGUUUAGGUAUCGUCCCUUUGUCCCACACAUCCCAUUUGACUUCUAUGUGGUGAGUGUAAAAAGACAGAACAGUGCUUAAAUAUGGAAUAUAAUAAUGUCUUAGCAGAGAGAUGGCCUUUGACUUGCUGGAAAGCAGUGUUUAUUAUGUUUUUUCUAACCAUUAUCAGUCCUGGAUGUAGUUCAUGUAGUCAGAGGGUUUCUCUGUUUCACUCAGUUAUAACCUCAUCAAGAGAGGAUGUCAGUGGGUUCAUAAACUCAAACCUGUCCAAAUCUCAGGGAGGUUGUAAAAAAGGAAAUUUAGAUUCAGUGUUUUUAAACUGAUCCAUUACAUUGUUAUCUUCAAAGUCAGGUGUUUGUACAGACACAGGAGUUUCUGAUAAACUGCUAAUUCAGUCUGUUAGUUUGAUGGUGCUUUUAUCUGAAUUUAACAUGUUCGGUUUGGAUCAAAUCCCAAACUUAAGCAACUCAAAAUGACCCAGUCAAGCUGAUAUUAAUAUCUGAGAGAUAUGGGAAAGUAAGAGACACCAGGCUCUUUUUAAAAACUGCAGAAUUACCUGUUUGAGGAGACGACUCAUGAUUCAGUUUUGGCUCACUCUGACUUUUGUUCAUGACAGUGUGAGAUGGCGUUCCCCAGAGUGAAGCCUGCGCCUGAUGAGACGGCCUUCAGUGAGUGUCUGCUGAAGAGAAACCAGGACCUGAGCCCCACACCUGCAGAGCAGGUGAGUCCACUAACAGUCAGCAGCAAUCAGGGUAAUUUUUCCUGUCUCUGACUGAAACCAUGUUUGUUUCUCUCUCCUUCUCCCAGUCCUCCAUCUUGUCUCUGGUCACAAAGAUCAAUAACGUCAUUGAUAACCUGAUCGUCGCUCCAGGAAACUUUGAAGUGGUGAGGAGUUAUUUUUCUCUGUUUUAUUGAACAUCAUGAAUAACUCAGUGAUGUGGAGUCUUCAAUGUUUGUCAUUUAAAAUAUCACAACAAGCUGGAUUUAAUGUUGUAUUCAUAUAAAACUAACUUUAACAGUCUCUGAGUUCAGCAGUAAGAACAGAGCAGUGAGAGGUUCUAACAGCACAUGAAACAGACUGAGAUUUGUAAGGAUGAGCUGCUGACACAAACAAGACUAGCAGUGACCAUAUAGACUACUUCCUUACUGUUUAUAUUGUCAAAAUCAACUCUCAUGAAAGUUUCCUCACAGGAGCUUUAGCUUUGAGCACACACAACUCUAAAGUUGAGCCUUUUUUCCCUUCACAGCAAAUCGAAGAGGUGCGUCAGGUGGGCUCCUACAAGAAAGGCACCAUGACGACAGGACACAACGUCGCAGACCUGGUUGUGAUCCUGAAGAUCCUCCCCACACGUGAGUGACUCGCUUUGAUCUUGUGUUCAAAAAUUAGAAAGCCACAGAGGAAAUACGAACAAAUAACAUAUUGGAUUAACCUUUUCUGACCUGACUCUAAUACCAUGACCUCAUGUAUGAUAGUUUGUUUUUUUUACUAAAGCAUUUUUAAGAAGAAGUGCCUAUAUGAUGGGUCACCCUAUUUCCACAAGUAAUAUGUUAAAUUUCCUGUGAUACAGUAAAGAGGAAAUCAAAGUUUUACGCCCAACUCUGACCAUGUGGAUCAGGUCUUCAGAUCUAUAAAAAUCCUAACUAGUCAGGACUCUGAUCAGAUCCCUCAUGGUCUAACUCUGUAACUUUUGUCCUUUCUACAGUGGAGGCCGUUGCUGCUUUGGGCAACAAAGUGGUGGAGACUCUUCGAACACAAGAUCCGACUGAAGGUAACGAAGUCAGGGACUAAUUUAAUUUCCUGAUAAAUCACAGAGACACUUUGAUUUCUCAACUUCAGCUUUAAGUUUAACAGGAAAGUUCUUAAACGACAAACUGGGAUCAGAUAAUGCUCCGGGUCUUUCAUGAAAUAAUUAUUAUUAUAUGUAUAAAAAAUGAAGCUGUGUCUUCAUUAAAUAAGUUUAUUUUUAGAGUGUUUAGAGGGAACGUUAUCCUCCUUCAUUGUGAGCUUGACUCUGUGAAUCUGCUGUUUUCAGUUCUCUCCAUGCUGACCAAUGAGACAGGCUUUGAGAUCAGCUCAGCGGAUGCCACCGUGAAGAUCCUCAUCACCACCGUCCCCCCAAACCUGCGCAAGCUGGACCCCGAGCUGCACCGUAAGAGCUCACACACUUUUACACAAUGAAGACGUAAAUGACGAGAAGAGCUCCACAUGUUCCACACAUACAUAUUUACUGUAAAAAGAAAAAAACACUAAGAAAUGUCAGAGCAAAGUGGAAAACUGAAAUAACCUGACGCCUGCAGUGUCAUUAGAGAAAGAUCAACCCUGCUGCCUCGGUGAUUUGUGGGUAUGCUCAAGUAAAACUAGUUCAACUACAUGAGAUUUAACAUGAAUCCAGAAACGUCACACUUUGUUGCAUCGACACAAGCGCUUAGUUUUGAGGUCUGACACUCGGAUUGGAAAAUGUCAGUAAAUGUGAUCAAAGUUCAAAUCCUGGUGACAGUAAAUGAUUAACUUGAUAUUUAAGUCCAUGAUCAAACCAAGACUGUAGAUUUAGUGGAAAAAAAGACUCCUGUCCUCUUGUUGUGAUCCAGACAGGGAUGAAUGUGGUUAAUUCUGUCUUUGUUGUGUCUUCAGUGGACAUCAAGGUCCUGCAGAGCGCCCUCGCCGCCAUCCGUCACGCCCGCUGGUUUGAGGAAAACGCCUCUCAGUCAACGUGAGGAAGAUUCUUUUACCUUUUACACACCUGAGCUGUAUUGAGAUGUUGUUCCUGAACAGCCCAGAUCAUUUAGACGUGUGUGAACAAAACGAGCGGUUAUGCAGUUAUAACCGUAAUCCAACACUGAGGAGAUUUUUAACUCAUUUAACGCUCUGCUUUUUAACAAUGACAAUCACUGACACAUUCAGCGGAGAGUCACUGUGUAAUGCUGAAUUCCCAUGAUGUAAAGUGACCAAUGAAUGUGGCUGUAGCUCCCCUGUGUGUUGGGAAAUGAGUCUGUUCCAGGAGGAUUUAAGGACAGUCCUGUGAUGGUCUGGGUUUUGUCUGCUCUAAAUUGCUGCAGAGUGAAAACUAGAUAAAACACUGAAAGUGAAAUAACAAAAUAACACAGACCAGUACUCGUGCACAAACACCACUCUGCUCGGAACUCAUUCGAAUUUCUCAAUCCUGUUCAGGGUCAAAGUGCUGAUCCGUCUGCUUAAAGACCUGAGGCUGCGGUUCCCUGGAUUUGAACCCCUCACUCCCUGGAUCCUGGACCUGCUGGUGAGACCUGGAGUCUGCAGCGUCACACUCAGACCUGUCCCUGUGUGUCCCCCCUGAUCCUUAAAGGGUUAAACUUUUAUACGGUGUGUUUCAGGGUCACUUUGCGGUGAUGAACAACCCGUCCAGACAGCCUCUGUCCCUGAACGUGGCGUACAGACGCUGCCUGCAGAUGCUGGCUGCCGGUCUCUUCCUGCCUGGCUCUGUGGGAAUCACUGACCCCUGUGAGAGCGGGAACUUCAGAGUGCACACGGUCAUGACUCUGGAACAGCAGGUAGGUCUGACCCAAACACCUUCACUGCAGGAGCCGGUUCAUGAGACAUCAGGUUGAGUUUGCAGCGAUGGAAGCCUCGCAGUCAGGAGCCAGUGUGAUCAGCAGCUUCAAAUUCAUGAAAGUGUCACAGCCAGCGUGAGAACGAAGCUGCUUUAGACACGUGAUAUGAAAGGAGGAGAAAUGAACGGACUAGGACAGAAAAUAGAGACAGUCAUCAUUUAUAGGACACCUGAGAACUGCAGUAGCAAAACUAAAAGCUCUUAUUGAAUCUGUGUGUGUUUGCAGGACAUGGUGUGUUUCACAGCUCAGACUCUGGUCCGGGUUCUCUCCCAUGGAGGUUACAGGAAGAUCCUCGGCCUGGAGGGAGACGCCAGCUGUAAGACAAUCUAAUAUUUCAAUAUGAGUGAUUAUAUACCGGUUAACAACAUCUGUGACACUCCUGCUAUAGCUCCAGGUCCCCUCUGGAACCCCUCUGUAUUUAGAAACCUUCACCUGUUGUGGUUUUUGUGUCAGACCUGGCGACAGAGAUGUCCACGUGGGACGGCGUGAUCGUCACUCCAUCAGAGAAAGCCUACGAGAAACCUCCAGAGAGGAAAGAGGAGGAAGACGAGGCUCUUGAGGAGGGUGGGGACGAAGGGGACGAGAGCAUGGAGACCCAGGAGUGAAGGAGACCAGCUCAGGUCAGAGCUGAUAAUAAUGAUGCAAUGAUGAUUCUUUAUUUUGAUUAAAUAUUUAACUAUAUACUGAAGAUGUACAAAAGCCAUCAAGAUUCACAGCUUGUUUGUUUUAGCGUCUUAAAUGCUUGAAACUGAUGUGAGGGGUGUCAGCUGAGCGGGUAAAAAAACACUCUGUUUUACACAUAAAAUAUUUAAAAAUGAUUCAUCUGACCAUCAGAAAUCUGCAGGAUGGGUUAUUUUUGAAGACACUACAUAUGCAGAGACUGAUCUGACCACAGGGGGGCGCCAAAAGUAGCAAAAUGAGCUUUGAUUGACACUUUUAUUUUAACAUAGUAAAAAUACUUAAUUCAAAAGCUGCUUCAUUGUUUAUAAUCGCAAUUGCUCUUACAAAUAAGUCCUUUUAAAGGGGUGGUCUUAUGUCUUAUAUUUUGGUCAGUAUAAUGGAAUAAAUCAAACCUCAGCAGCAGUUUUCAACCUUAAAAUUAACAUCAAUAUGAACAAAAAGGAAGCAGUGAAGUUGUAAUAAUCUCAUCUCUUUUAAUUCUGUCAUAAAAACAACAAACACCUCCAAUCACAGUUUUUCAAUCUUAACAGUCAAACUUUGUCCAAACCUGCCUGUUUGAUGUUCACACUCACUUUGACAUUAACCGACUCUUCCUGCUUUUCCUCCACAGAGUCAGUUUGAAACUUAUUUAAGGAGUCGAGCCGGGAUCUGCAGCAGGAGAGGACCGGCCUCGUUUUUUCUGACACUUUUUAUUCUUUACUUUUUUUUCUGUAACUGUGACGUCGAUAUUAAACUUUUUUUUUUUUUAAGUUAUCCUGAGACAUCGUCAUUUGUAUCAGAAAUCCUCUUUAGUCCAGGCAGCAGGUCACUUCAGACAAACUGCAGGUGUGUGAAGAUGUCAGGUGAUGUGUUUGUGACAGAAACAAUCCAGAAAAAAGGUCAUUAAUUUUCAUUAACUCCAGUUAAACAAUGAUAAAGAUAUGUCUUAUAUUAGGUCAUAAAAUACUUCCUCUCAUUAUUAAAGUUGUGGUAUUUAAACUAAUAUGUUGCUAGUCUUGGCAGAGGGAUGGAUUUUAUAAACCCUGCAGUGAUGUUAACAGCACAGCAGGGCUCAUAAAAUCCAUGAGUUUUAGGAAGAUAAUCUCAGUCUAACAGAAGUUCCAACAUUUUAGUAACUUGGAUAAAAACUGAAACAGGAAAAAUGUUGACUUCACAAACUCACUGAGUGUAAAUGUUACAUACACUCAUUGAAUUUGUUAUUAAACCACAUAUAUUUGAGCGCCUUGCUUUGUUGUGGGGGCCAUUAAUUUUCACACCGUUCUCGGACGCAGCACACAUUCCUCUGUUUGUAUCUGAGACUUCAAAAUAAACAAAAAUAUAACUGAACUAAAAAAAAAGAAGAUUCCACAAGCAAAAGGAAUACCUGAUGAAACUGAGUACACCUUAAUGAACAGGACAAAUGAGACUGAACCUGCUGAAAGAGAGAGGGGAGGAGCUUCUGUCCAACCUGGAGAGCAGGAGGGGUUACCUGGUGGUCCAGGUGUGUAAACUGUGAGUCUAUCAUGAACCCAGAGAGCUCCUGCUGUCAGGUAUGUUUACGUUAAACUAAGAUAAGUGUUUGGGUUAAAUUUUUUAAUUGUGUAAGAGUUGCCCUGCCUGCCAAAAACUAACUUGGCUGGUAUGCAGGUUCUCUCUGCAGUUUCUCAUUAAAGGGGCGGAGCUCACAGACAUCCACUGAGGAUAGAAUACUGAGUUGAAACAUGUAGUACAAACCUGCAAACUGACUGAUCAUGACUAAUAAGCCGUGCAACACUAUCAUUAGCACACAGCAACCAAAAGUCUUGUGUUUGUAUUGGCUGAGAGGAGUCUGACUACCUGACCUGAGGAUUUCAGGAGCCUUCUGUUAAGGAUUUAAGAUUUUCUGAAGUUUCUGCAUCCAAAGAGCUUGUAGCUAACUGAGAGGAUUGGCUAUCACUUGUUGAGUUUUUAUUUUUUUACAUCUUUCCUGUAACAGUUUGAGGUUUCACUGCAAGACUAAGAGCUGCAGGAAGACCAUCAUGGCUUUAACAGGUCCUCAUCGAAAAGACUCCUCACUGAUCAGGAGGUUCGCAAGAAUGUGACCCAAGACAUCAUCAGUAACUGUCAUUAAGUGAUCAGUGUGAGACUCUGAUCACAGCCCUCCCCCUCCUCUUCUUCCUCCUUCUGUGAGUCAAUAAUCAUGGUUUCAGCUUGAGCCAGGGGUGGAUCAUUGUGAGGAUGCCGAGGAUGGAGGAACUAAGUCCACAGAGCCCCACAAACCCGGACCCUGUGGGGUAAAUCCCGAGCCGGUCCAGAGGGAUGAAGAUGUCGCAGCUGUUCUUCAGCAGGUCCAGCAGCAGCGGCGGGUUGCUGUACAGCACCGUCACCAGCAGGUGGAGCUGUCUGCGGAGCCCCGCCAGCAUGACAGGAGGAACGGUCAGAGCCACAGGUGAGGAAGAAGGGGAGGACAGCUGGUCGGCAGGCAGGGAGGCGGAGCCAGGAGAAGGGGAGGCGGGGCGUUUGGAGGCUCUGUGACGCUCCUCGCACUCGACGAGGAGGCGGAGCUCGUACAGGUCUCGAGUCAGGUUCAAGAUGAGAGCGAAGAGGUAAUACCUGCACAGGUGAAACACACAGACAGUAGAGAGUGAGGAGAGUUGGUUAGAUUCAGAUUCAUCCACGUUUUGAGGUCCAAACGUCUUAGAGUUCAUUUUAGCCUCAUCAGCCACAGAGGAGUUCUGGUUCUAAGUCAAAGAGGUGAACACUUAAGUCACUCCCUCUCACCUGAAGGAUCUCUGACUCCACUUCUUCUGGUCCAGUUCAGAGAUGAUCCCAGUUUUCCCCGCCCACAGGAUGUUGUCACAGGCGAAGUACAUGGCUCUAUUCAGGUGGCUGAUGGUGAUGCAGAGCCUCAGCACGCUGUCCGACAGGUGGAUCGCCCUCUUAGCCGACUCCAGAGCCUCCACAGAGUUCCCUAAACGCAGCACUGAGAGACAAACACAGAUCAGUCCUUCAGCUCUAAGGUUCAAAAUAAGACCUCAAACCUGAGCCACACUUACACUUCCUGGUCAGGCUCAUGUGCGCCUCCAACUGACUAAUGGUUUUACGGAGAUCAGCUCCAGUGCUGCCUUUCUGCAGAGUGUAUCCCAGCAGAGUGCAGGCAUACUGAGCAGCCCUGAGAAAGCAGAAACACUGUGGUCAUUACACUGAGCAGGAGAGAGAUAAAGGAGGAGAGACAGAACCGUAAAAAAACAGAGCUAAAGAAGUAAAAUAUCAGGUUCGACAUCACCUCACUGUCAAUCUAGCUUUACCUCUGUGGAUAUGUUGCCUGCUGCUUCAUAUAGCUUCUAAAGUAAUGGUAUAAGUACCAGGGCCCGACCCAUAUGGAUUUUUUGGGGCUGAUACCAAUAACCAAUAACGAUUAUUGGGGGGGGGGGUCUGACUACCGAUUAAUCGGCCAAUUUUAUUAAAAAAAUUUAUAAAAUCAUAAAAUACAUAUAUACUGUAGAUAUCUACAGUAUAGUAUACUGUAGAUAGCUACAGUAUACAUAUACUGUAGAUAUACUGUAGGCUACUGCUCUUCAUGCCGACAGGAAGACGGACUGAUCAAACUCGGACUAGAAACACAUUUUCAAAUCCCCCCCCCCCCAGUUAGUGGAUGAACAUUGUCAUGAGGUCACUGCGCUAUCUACAGGAUAAAUCGGGAAACUCUUCAAAUGGCGGAACAUUUUCGAAGUGAAACCGAGUCUUAUUCUCCGCAUUUUAUUUCUGAAAAUAUCGGCGAAAAUCGCCGAGUUUUGGCCGAUUACUGACUAGUCUCAAACUGGCUAAAAUUGGCCGAUUUAAUCGAUUUAACCGAUUUAAACCUUUACCUAACCUAUAACAAUAGUAAACUCAGACAACUUUCUCUUUCUUCAUUCUUUCAGCUGCAGUGAAACUCCUGACGGAGACAGACUGCACUUCUCAGUCAGAGUCAGGGUCAGACUGGAUCCACCGUGGUCAUGUGUGGGGUCUGACUUGAAGGUAAACACGAAACCAGAAAAAACAGGCUCCAAAUAAAUGUCACAAACUUCACGGCAGCUUUAAGAGAAGAAUCUGUUUUUCUGAAAUCAAGCAGAAUCAAGAGAUAACUUUAUUUCGGAUACAAACUUUCUACUUUGUUUUUAAGUUCUUUCAGUAAUUUUAGAUAAUUAUGUCUUCAAUUAGAAACGUAAAUUUUUUAAAAUAAUGAAACUUUUCUGUAGGUCUCACCCCUGCUGAAUCUGUAAUAUAAAAUUAUAUAACCUUAAUAUAAAAAGCCGUUAAAACUGUGUAAAUAGAGUAACUGUCAGUUUAAAGACAUUAAUCUGAGGGUAAUUCACCUGUAAAGUGAGAAUAACAGGAAGAAACAGGUGACUGCUCACAGACUGUCUGAGAUAUACCUGUGAACUCUGGCUUCAGCAUAAACCGGUCUGAAGUUAGUACAGGUGUUGAGUUUACCUGAUAAUCCUCUCCUUGGCCUGACUCUGAGAGUUAAACCGAACCCAGGAGUCCAUUCUUCUUCUUCUUCCUCAGAUCACGUUAGCAGCUGUUUUCAACGAGCUGUAACCUGUAAGUCACGCCUGACUGCGAAUUAUCAACAAGUUAAAUAGUACGUUGGUAACGGGAAUAUCAAGUUGUUGAAAAUUCAGCAGUUUGAGAGGAGUUUCUGUUAUAAAAAUCUGUUUAUAACCGCCCUCCCCAAACAUGCAGCUGAGUCU